AAAGCCAUUGUGAUUCCACCUCUUCAUAGUUCAAAUGGUUUUAUUCUCUCUGACCUCAAAAAGUUUCCAUUUUUUUGAAGGACUCUGACAUGGGUCUCUUUUCUUUUUUCUGUUUUUAUUUUCUUUUGUCUUUUUGGUACACUAUUGGUUUCAUGUUGAAGAAUCUGUGAAGUGGGGGUGUCAUGUUGUUGUGUUCCUAGCUUUUGGGGUUUGUUGUGGUUGCAUCCUUAGUGUUGAGGAUUAGUUUUUGUGAAGUGGGGGUGUUGGUGAUGUUGGGUUCAGGUACCAAUUUGGUGACCACGGUCAUUGGGUUUUGCAUGAGUGCAACCUUCAUUGUGUUUGUCUGCACAAGAAUAAUUUGUGGAAGGCUACGAGGGGGUGUUGAAUCUCGGAUGAUGUAUGAGAUUGAAUCAAGAAUUGAUAUAGAACUGCCAGAGUAUCAUGUUAAUGACCCUGAACAAGAACCUGUUCUGGUUGAUGCAAUCCCCACUUUGAAGUUCAAUCAAGAGGCUUUCAGUUCCAUUGAAGAUACACAGUGUGUAAUAUGUUUGGCAGAUUACAAAGAAAGAGAAGUAUUACGCAUUAUGCCCAAAUGUGGCCACACUUUUCAUCUUUCUUGCAUUGAUACAUGGCUGAGAAAACAAUCUACCUGUCCAGUAUGCCGUCUUCCAUUGAAAAACUCUUCUGAAACAAAACAUGUGAGACCAGUGACAUUUACCAUGAGUCAGUAUAUUGAUGAUUCUCACACAUCAGAAAGGAAUGAAGAUAUUGAGAGGCAUGUUGAACCUACUGUUAGUAACUCCUUACAACCAACUUCUGGAGAGCCAGAAUCAAGGCAAUAAUAUAAGAAACCUAAAGGGGUUGAUAUGCUCAAAAGAAAAUAGUACACAAUUUCUGCUUCUGUGGAGCAAUGCUUCUAGUUAGAUCAGAUUCAAAUUCUUUGUCUGUUAUAUGGAUUUCUUAUUUACUUGGUGGUGUAAAACUGGGCAUGCCAGCAGUGAUUUCUGCAGCUUACAUGUGCAUAAUAUGUUUCCUUUUGUAGCAUCUACAGGCCUAGUUUUUGAUGGAAUAUCUUACAUUCCAAGUUGAAGUUAUUUUGAUCAUGGCAUG